AUGUCGGGUCAGACGCUCACGGACCGCAUCGCCGCGGCGCAGUACACCCUGACGGGAUCCGAGGUGGCCCGAGCUGUGUGUAAAGCCAGCACACAUGAACAGACGGCUCCAAAGAAGAAGCACCUGGAAUACCUGAUCCAGGCCACCCAGGAGACCACCGUGAACGUCCCCCUGAUGGCCGACACGCUGAUGGAGAGGGUCAGCAACGCCAGCUGGGUGGUGGUUUUCAAGGCCCUGAUCACCACACACCACCUCAUGGUGAAUGGCAACGAGAGAUUCCUGCAGUUCCUGGCAUCGAGAAACACCUUGUUCAACCUCAGCAACUUCCUGGACAAAACUGGCUCCCACGGUUACGACAUGUCCACGUUCAUCAGGCGCUACGGCCGCUAUCUCAACGAGAAGGCCUUCGCCUACAGACAGAUGGCUUUCGACUUCGGCCGGGUCAAGAAAGGAGCCGACGGAGCGAUGAGGACCAUGUCAGUGGAGAAGCUGUUGAAAGGAAUGCCCACCCUGCAGAGCCAGAUCGACGCGCUGCUGGAUUUCGAAGUGCAUGCACCAGAACUGAACAAUAUGGUGAUAAAUGCCUGCUUUCUCCUACUCUUCAAAGAUCUGAUAAAGUUAUAUGCCUGCUACAAUGAUGGCAUAAUUAACCUGCUAGAAAAGUUCUUCCAGAUGAAGAGAAGCCAGUGUAAAGAUGGUCUGGAGAUCUACAAAAGAUUCCUGACACGAAUGACUCGGGUUUCAGAAUUCUUCAAAAUUGCUGAGCAAGUGGGAAUAGACAAAAAUGACAUACCUGAACUCACUCAGGCCCCAGAAAGCCUUCUGGAGUCCCUGGAGACCCACCUUAACACGCUGGAGGGGAAGAAGCCGUAA